AUGUUCAAAUACAAACACCAAAGCUUCUUUAUUGCUAACAUUAACAAUAAGAAACUUGGCUUCUUCUCAGCUUCCUGUGCUACAUCCAUGGUGGAACCCAUAAUCCUACCUCGACUUCAUCAAGAAACGUUCUCAAACCACAACACCCACGUGGCAGAAACGUUAAAAUUUCAAUUUUCACGUACUUUUGACCCAAAAUACUACCUCUCUACGCUACAGAACUGUGUAACUCUUUCCCAUAUCCGACAAGUUCAUGCCCAAGUGGCCGCCAAUGGAAUGCUUAGAGACCUUAUAGUUUCCAACAAGCUUCUUUAUGUAUACACUCAGCAUAGGCAUUUAACUGAUGCUUAUGCUUUGUUUGACGGGAUGAGUGAGAGAGACCCAUUUUUUUGGAGUGUUAUGGUGGGGGGGUUUUCCAAAAUCGAUGAUUAUAGGAUUUGUUUUAGGACAUUUAGGGAGUAUAUAAGAUCCGGGCAACGACCCGAUAAUUUUACUUUGCCUUUUGUGAUAAGGGCUUGUAGGGAUACAAUGGACCUCCAAAUGGGUAGAUUGAUUCAUGACAUUGUGUACAAACUAGGGUUGCAUUCGGAUCGUUUUGUGUCCGCGGCUUUGGUAGACAUGUAUGCAAAAUGUAAGGUUAUUGAUGAUGCGAAGCAGUUGUUUGAUAAAAUGCUCAAUAGGGACCUUGUGACUUGGACUGUCAUGAUUGGGGGCUAUAGUGAGUGUGGGAAUGCUAACACGGCGUUGGGUUUGUUUGAUCGGAUGAGGAACGAAGGGGUUGUACCAGAUAAGGUAGCAAUGGUGAAUGUUGUUAAUGCCUGUGCAAAGUGGGGGGCUAUGCAUAAGGCUACAUUUGUACACGAUUAUAUAUGGAGAAAUAAUUUUUCGUUGGAUGUGAUAUUGGGGACGGCCAUGAUUGAUAU